AUGCCAUCCUCAGAAACACCUGAUCAGCGGCAAAGCCGCCGGGCGGCUGUACGGGUGAUUUGCCGCCUGAGCACCGCGUUACCAAGCGCGGAUGUCUUGUCAAAAGAUGUUGGUGCUACACUGUUGUCUGAGCGCGUGGCUCGGCUGAGAAGUGCCUUGGAUGGGCAGGAACUUGAGAGCUUGGAGGAAGCUGUGCGGCAGUAUGAGGAAGCCACUGGUGGAGCACUCCCUGUGCCUAUGCAGCCUUUCCCCAAUCGAGUCCGGGAGCCUCCUCGUCAACGUUUUCGGGUUCACGGGGCCGACGUGCAGUUGACUUUCAACGAGACGUCUUGGAUCGCAGAUGGUGAAGAUGUUGACGCUUGGUUCCAGCAAGCAGGGGUGCGCCUGGCUGCCCGCUUCCAGGGAUGUGCUCUAGAAGAAUUUCCGCGCAAGUUCCAAGAGCGUGUCUUGCACACAUCUUUGACCCUGGAGCAGUCUUGCCGAGCUUCUGAUGGCCAGAGCAGGGUGCACUUGCACGCGCAGUUCACAUUUGCCGGCAGGAUUGACCGAACCGGCGUAUCAGAUUUCGUGUUCGAUGGAGUUUAUCCGCACAUAGAACUGAACAAGGCAAGGGGGCCCAACGUGCAGGUGUCACGGAACAGGGCCCAUUUUUACGUCUAUUGCACGAAAAAGGGAACCCUAUGGUCCUUCACCAACUAUUGGCCGUUUGUCGAUUAUGAAGUCCAGCCCCAUUGGCUCAUCGGGUGGUGGGCUACAGGCAAAUUGGACAAUGAGCAGUGCAAGCUUUACCUGCUGAAGAGCAAGAAGUCUUACAGGACCUUGGUGCAAAAUAUUGAAGCUGUGGCACAGGCGGAACAAGCAGAGGGCUUGGAGAAGAUGUUUCUGCAUUUGGCAACUUUCUUGGAGCAGUUCAAGUGGGCGAAGGACAGGUACCUCCUUUAUGCAUUGCAAGGGCCAUCGCAAGCGGCCAAGACGUCCUUCGUCAAGUCAUUGUUCCGGAAGCCUUUUGUUGUCACGAUUCAAGGGCAAGAUUCCUUGAACCUGCAGAAGUUCGUGUAUGGCGGCCAUGAUGCUUUAAUCCUUGACAACCUGGUCGAUUGGAGCCUUGUGCUGAAGCACCGCGCGCUUUUGCAGUCCAAUCAGGACAUGCACGCACUGGGCGAGUCCGCCACGGGAAUGUAUGCGUACAGAGUGUAUUUGUGGGCCGUACCAGUUUGCCUCACCUUGGAUGCAGAUGUUGACAUGCGCCCCUACCAUUCCUCUGAUUGGCUUCAAGCCAACGUUCUGCUCGAUGUCUUGCCUCAAGGGGCAAAAUGCUUUGAAGACGGAGAGCGCCCUUUGAUUCCCAUGGCCAACGUGCCGCGCCUGUCGGCGCCAGUUUGA